AUGCCUUCUGUUAAUGUAUUUCGCCUUGUCUUCUUUCUCCUCUUGCUGCCCAUUUUUGCUGUUGCUCAGAAUCGUAACAUAAGCGUGGGAGACUCUCUCACUACAGAUGAUGUAGCUGCUCCAUGGCUUUCCAAUUCUAGUGAUUUUGCUUUCGGGUUUCGCCAACUCGACAAUAAGGAUGAUCACUUCUUGCUUGCCAUAUGGUAUAACAAAAUACCAGACAAAACUAUAGUUUGGUAUGCAAAUGGAGACAAUCCUGCGCCAAGAGGAUCCAAAGUUGAGCUAACUCCUGACCGUGGGCUAACACUCAACAAUCCUCAGGACGAAGAACUAUGGAGAUCGAAAUUCACAAGGGGUGCAGUUGCCUUCGGCAUACUGAAUGAUACAGGCAACCUCGUGCUUGUAGAUGAAAAUUCUGAAAACUUAUGGGAGAGCUUCAAAGAUCCUACUGAUACGUUGUUGCCUACUCAAAUAAUGGAGAGAGGUGGGGUUCUUUCUUCCCGACUUCAAAGAAACAACUUCAAACGGGGAAGGUUCCAGUUUCGCUUGCUUCAUGAUGGAAAUGCUGUGCUCAAUCCCAUAAAUAUGCCCAGCAACUAUACUUAUGAUGCGUACUAUCUUAGUUUCACUUACGAUCCUGCCAAUGAAUCAAAUUCUGGUUAUAGAUUGAUCUUCCAUGACUCUGGUUUCUUAUACAUAGAAAGAAUGAGUAGAGAAAGAUCCUAUAUUACAGAAGAGAAUGAGAUAGCCCCAGCUACAACGCACUAUCACAGAGCAACUCUUAAUUUUGAUGGCGUUUUAACCAUUAGUCAGCACCCGAAGAAUCCCACAGCCAACGAUAGCUGGACUGAAAAUCGAAGCAUACCGGAUAAUAUUUGCCUCGAUUUGAUAACUAACAUGGGUAGCGGGUCUUGUGGGUUUAACAGUAUCUGCUCACUCGGGAAUGAUCGAAGGCCGAGUUGUAAAUGCCCACCAUCAUUUUCUUUGAUUGAAAAUGAUCCGUAUGAAAGCUGCAAGCCUGAUUUCAUACAAGGCUGUGAAGAAGAUGGGAAAAGUCCACCAGAAGCUUUAUACGAAAUAGAGACACUACCAAACACUGAUUGGCCUAACAAUGACUUUGAGUUGUUUAAGCCUUAUAAUGUUGAGGACUGCAAAGCAUCUUGCUUGCAUGAUUGCCUAUGCGCUGUGGCCAUAUAUAGAGACAACAGCUGUUGGAAGAAGACGCUACCGCUCUCGAAUGGAAGAUACGAUAGGGACACCAAGGGAACGGCUUUCCUUAAGGUAAGAAAAAACAAUUCCACGAGGCAAAACCCUUCAGCUCAGGUAAUUCCGGAUGCAAAAGACCAGGACACAUUGAUUAUUGUGGUAUCAAUCCUACUGGGUAGUUCUGUGUUUGUGAAUUUCUUAUUGGUAGGUGCAAUUUGUUUGGGUUUUUUGUUCUACUACAAAAAGAAGAUGAAAAGAAUUUGUCAACUACAUCAUGAAGGUGUUGUGGAAAGGAAUUUGCGCCAAUUCACCUACAAAGAGCUGAUUGAGGCGACAAAUGGGUUCAAGGAAGAACUAGGAAGAGGAUCCUGCGGAAUUGUUUAUAAAGGAGAAGUAGAAACCGUUCGUGUUGCUGUCAAGAAGUUAGACAGAGUGUUUGAAGACAGCGACAAGGAAUUCAAAACUGAAGUGAAUGUGAUAGGCAAAACGCAUCACAAGAAUCUGGUCCGGCUGCUUGGGUACUGCGCUGAGGGACAGCAUCGUAUGCUAGUGUAUGAGUUCUUGAGCAAUGGCACUUUAGCUACCUUCCUUUUCGGGGAUUUCAAACCCAGUUGGAACCAGAGGACUAAUAUCGCCUUCGAGGUUGCAAGAGGACUAUUUUACUUGCAUGAAGAAUGCAGCAGCCAGAUUAUUCAUUGCGAUAUAAAGCCACAGAAUAUACUCCUUGAUGAGUAUUACAAUGCUCGCAUCUCCGACUUUGGAUUGGCAAAGCUUUUAUUGAUGAAUCAAAGCCAGACCAAAACAAACAUUAGAGGUACCAAAGGGUAUGUUGCACCUGACUGGUUCAGGAUCUCUCCAAUCACUGUGAAGGUUGAUGUCUAUAGUUUCGGUGUCCUGCUGCUAGAGAUCAUUUGUUGUCAAAGAGCUGUGGAUAUAGAGGUUGGCGGAGAGAGGGGUGUUCUAACUGAUUGGGCCUAUGACUGCUAUCAGGAAGGCAGGCUGGACGCUCUAGUUGUAGAUGAUGCAGAGGCCCUCAAUGACAUGAAGCAGCUGGAGAGGUUUGUGAUGGUUGCCAUGUGGUGCCUCCAAGAAGACCCCUUUCUGAGACCCACCAUGAAGAAGGUGAUGCUUAUGCUUGAAGGAAUCGUUCAAGUUUCUGUUCCCCCAAGUCCAUGCCCAUUUUCUUCCAUCAGCUGAAAGCUUCCCUUGUUCUUGCAAUUGUCCUCCAGCCGGCCAAUUUUUGCUGUCUUUCUUAAUUUACCAUUAUUCUAUCAUGGCUGGUAGUUUGUUUUGUUGUGUGUUAGAAGCUGUCUAUUGUUGUAA